UAUCAAUGAGCUAGUCUGUGAAAACUUGACUUGUUCCUUCAGUGACGAUUGAUGGAUAGUACUGACGUGUGCGUUUGUUUCCCCUAAUUUGGACAUGCUAUCCACCAGGUGUGGUGUUGCAUCAGUUCUGUGUGUGUAGUCACUCGCUUUCCUGGAAUUACAGAAACAUGAAAUCAGCAGGAUCCAAUGGAGACUUGUGUUAUUUUAUAAGUAAAAUGUGUGACGGACAAAGAAGGCCCAUCACAUUGAAGUCCACUCACCCUAGAUGUAUGUUUACAAGGGAUUAUCAGGGAUUAAAUCAAUGUAAUUAAAUGACUUACUAGGAGCAGAAGUGUCUUUCAAUGAUUGUGUUGGAUCCUCAGGAGAUGAAUGCUGCUAAUCAUGAUAUUUACCAAGCAGAAGUGAAGCCCUAUCACUAAUGAACAAUUAAGCUUUUUCUUAAAACAAAUUCUAAAUUUAGUGAAAAUCAAUUAUGUCAAAUAGCAAGUUCCUUAAAGCUGCUACUAAAACAGAUUUCACUGGAACAAAGGUGGCUACAGGUGCAGCAAUAUGUUUGAUAGCAGCUUAUGGUAUGCGUUGCUAUUACCCCACUUUUGCAAAAAUUGUUUUUUCAAGACGCUCAAAGAAAGCAACACAGUUACAAGGUGGUCAAACAAAAUCAUCUGAUAAACACCAAGAAAGCCCAGCCAGUGGAUCCCCAGCUCAUUCUUCUGAGCCACAGAAAUAUGACAAGGCAAAUCCAAAUGUUGAUCAAAACUUUUAUAAGCAGUUAAGAUAUCUUAUUAAGAUAAUUAUACCCAACAUUUGUUGCAAGGAAUUCGGCAUACUUUCUUUGCACACUAUCAGCCUUAUCAUUCGAACAUUUUUGUCUAUCUAUGUUGCUCAACUUGAUGGUAGCAUUGUUCAGACGAUAGUUCAGAGAAAUGUAACAAGGUUUGUUGUUCAGCUGGCAAAAUGGAUUCUUUUGGCAGUGCCUGCAACUUUUAUUAACAGCUUGAUCAGAUUUCUUGAAAGUAAACUUGCCCUUGUCUUUCGUACACGACUUGUCAAACAUGCCUAUGAAAAGUAUUUUGAUAGUCAGACAUACUAUCGUGUCAGUAACCUGGACAGCAGGUUAUCAAAUGCUGAUCAGUGUCUUACUGAGGAUAUUACAAUGUUUACAUCAUCUCUGGCACACUUAUAUUCACAUCUGACCAAGCCUUUACUGGACGUAGCACUUAUGUCUUUCACAUUAUAUAGACUGGCUCAGAGUAGAGGUGCCAGUUCAAAGACACCAACAAUAAUAGCUAUGGUUGUCAUCCUAAUAACAGCCAAAAUAUUGCGUGCCGUGUCACCAAAGUUUGGUAAACUGGUAGCAGAGGAAGCUCACAGAAAAGGACAUUUGAGAUUUAUGCAUUCUAGAAUCAUAACAAAUGCAGAAGAAAUAGCCUUUUAUAAUGGUCACCAAAUUGAGAGGUCACUACUUACUCGUUGUUACAGUGCAUUGGUCAAGCAGAUGGAUUUGAUUUUUUACAAGAGAUUGUGGUACAUAAUGCUAGAACAGUUUCUUAUGAAAUAUGUCUGGAGUGCUAGUGGACUUAUCAUGGUGGCAGUGCCCAUAAUUACAGCCACAGGCAUUAGAGAAGAUGGCUCAAAAGUUGAAGAUGAUGAUGAUGGUGGUGUUAGUGAAAGAACACGUUAUUUUACCACAGCUAGAAAUUUGUUGAUUAGUUCUGCUGAUGCUAUUGAAAGAAUGAUGUCAUCCUAUAAAGAGAUUACAGAGCUUGCUGGUUACACAUCCAGAGUGUCACAGAUGUUUGAGGUAUUUGAGGAUGUAAAACUUGGAAAAUAUCAAAGAAACACUGUGACAAAACAAAAGCCCAUUAAAACAAACUUUGAAAGAAUAUCUGGCUCUCUUGUUCAGAAGGGUGUAGUCAUUGACACUGAGUCAACUAUAAUAAUAGAAAAUCUACCAAUUAUCACACCCAAUGGAGAUAUAAUAGUUCAGUCCUUAUCACUAAAGAUUGAAGAUGGAAUGCAUUUGUUGAUAACAGGUCCCAAUGGAUGUGGCAAAUCGUCAUUGUUCCGUAUUCUGAAUGGCCUCUGGCCUGUUUAUGGUGGUAAGCUGUGUAAACCACCUCCAACAUCCAUGUUUUAUAUUCCACAAAGGCCCUACAUGUCUAUUGGUAUUCUUAGAGAUCAGGUGAUUUACCCAGACAGUGUGACUGACAUGAAAGCUAAAGGCAUCACAGAUGAGGAUCUUAUGAACAUCUUAAAGAUAGUUCACUUGGAUAACAUUGUUCACAGAGAGGGAGGCUGGCAAGCAGAGUGUGAUUGGAAGGAUGUGCUGUCUGGUGGGGAGAAACAGAGAAUGGGCAUGGCUAGGACAUUCUACCACAGGCCAAAAUUUGCCCUGUUAGAUGAAUGUACCAGUGCUGUGUCUAUAGACGUAGAAAGUAAAAUUUACUUAAGUUUAAAAGCUGCUGGAAUCACUCUUUUGACCAUCACACACAGACCCACAUUAUGGAAGUUUCACACCCAUCUCCUUCAGUUUGAUGGUGAAGGAGGCUGGAGGAUGGAAGAGCUGGACACCACAGCACGUCUGACUUUAAAUGAAGAGAAACAAAAGUUGGAGCAUCAAUUGGCUGGAAUGCCUCGCAUGCAGGAGAGAUUGAGAGAGCUGUGCACUCUGCUGGGAGAAGAUUCAGUUCUCCUUUCAUCUGGAGACAUUCCUAUUCCGUCUGAAGAUGACCUUGCAGCCUAUGAAUUCAAGAAUGAAUGAUCAUACAUGACAGUGUACUUGUAAACAUUUUUUGGUCCUAUUACUGCAAGUGUUGUCUUCAAUAGUGAUCCUGUGAAAUGACUGACUGCCAGCCAAUGGCAGUACAUAGUGAGUUGGCAGCAAACAUUGAGACCAAUCCUUAGUUGAUCACAGAUGCAAUAUAUGUGAUUCUUAGAAGCAUGUGUUCAAGUAUUGUAGGUAAAGUUAGUGAUCUUGUUUAUGAAGUGUUGCACUGUAAACAUAGACUUUUAUUAUUUCUGAGAACUUUAAGCCGUUACUUGUGUUGAGUUGGUGUGAAAAUGUUUUGUUCCCUGCAUAAUGACAUCUCAGUUGUAGAUUGAACUGUUUUCAAGAAGUACUUAGAUAAGAACAUUGAACUGUUUUCAAGGAGUACUUAGAUAAGAACAUUUGCCUACUCUUUUGAGUAAAUGAGCUGAGGAAAUUUUAAUUUCAUGUAUGUGGAUGUUGGUACUUUUCAAUGCUCAUAUAUGGACAGGAGAUUAUAGUCAACCCUUUUAGAUAAUUCCAGCACCAUAUGUUGUCUAGCACUGCCCUAAUUCAGUGUAUUAUUUGUACAUUUGAUGUUUACAUUUUGUUUGGCAGUAGCUUGGAGAAUGUAUUGUCAUUUAGUUCAGUGAACUUUUAAAAACAUAGUUUGAUUUAUAAGUGAAUGUUAAAGAUAAUCAAAACUCAUCACUUAUGUUAUUUUACACUAGAUUUCUAUCUUCAAGUUCUUUCAUCUUUUUCAAUUGCCACAUCACUUUCUUCCUAUUAGUAGAAUAGUUCACCUUCAGAUCUCUUCAUGUACACAGUGCAACAAAAGUUUCCUUCAGCUUGCCCUUAAUGAAAGAGAAGAAGCUUUUCUUUCUACUCCUAGUUUUUGUUCAUUGUUUACUGACACACUGUCUAGUCUAGUCAUUCAUUCAUGUUACUGAAUAGAUUUUACCUAAAUGUUUAGUCUUGGGACAGAAACUGACCAAUAAAUAGUAGUAAUACAUUAGUGAUACUUUAUUUCUCUAGGCUGUGAAUUAUUAAAAGAACUUUUGCAGUUCACACUGCAAAUGCUGCACAUUAUGCUGCAAAUCUAGGCACUUAGCUCAUAAGUAAGUUAUCUUUCCUAUCACUGCCCAUAUAGUCAAACUGCCAUUAUACUUUGGAACUGAUAAAAACUGACUUCAAUUUAUUUUGAAAGAUUUUAUAGUGGUCAGAUUUCCAGAAAUUUAGUCUCAGAAUAUUAUGCCCAAAUGUUAUGCUACCACAUUAAACUUAAAUUUGCUAAUGAUUAGUGAAAUACAGAAAGCCUGAAACGAGUUCAUCCAUCCAUUUCAUGUUUUGAUGUUUCCUGAUGAUUGUUUAUUUCAACUGUUGCCAAAGCUAAAAGAGAAAGGGUAUAAAUAAGCUCCUGGUUGCUUUUUAGAAAUUGCAUUACAUGGAUAAUUGAACAAUUAUAAGAAAUGUUUAUUGUAUCUUUUCCCAAAUAUUCUAGUGCCAAAAUAGCCUUUGAUUGCCAUGUGAGCUAGGCUGUUAAUAAUUUGUAUAUCUGUUCAUGAAAGGCUCUGAGAUUCAUUCCAGUCAUUAGUUUACUUUCAUCUGCUCUAUUUACACUUAGGUGUGGAGAAUGUUUGGCUCAUCAUUCAGUUUGACAUUCAGAAUGUACUUUUUGUUUUUCUAGGCAAAAUUGGAAAUUUUUUUACCUUAAAAUAAUCAAUGUCAAGGAUCCUUAAAUGACCUUCACUGUUGUCAACUCAAUCAAACAGACUUGUGAUUUCAUGUUGACAUCUUUCAAUGCUUGGCAGUUGAUCUUCAGAUGGACAUUAAUUGAUUAUCACUAGUUAGUUGCCUAUUUGUUUUCCAAUAAGAUGUUAGUCCUAGAGUGAAAGUCUAAUGCUUGCUCCAGAGUCCAAUUAUUGUGUGUUACAAUGGAAGCACAUUGGAGUCUGCACUGUUCAAAAGUGCCACACAAAUGCUCCUAGACUUUUUCAAAAACAAAGCUUGUCCACUGGAUACACCAAAACACAUUUAUAGUUCCCCACUCGGCAUUGAACAUCUACACUAUUGCACUAUUGUGUCCCUGUCAUUUGUUACAAUACAGCAAGUUCCAGUCUGCUACUGUUCUCUUCUUUUUCAAGUCUGAUCUCCAGGCUCAGUGAGGGCCUUCUUAAUUUCUUCUUUCUAAUUUGGUUCAUAUUAAGAUUCUAGAUGGCUGGGUUUAUUUUUUAGGGGAUGUCUGGGUGCUUCCUGAAAAUGUUUUGUCUGGUGUUAGAAGCUACUUAAACCUUGCCUUCACUUAAAUGACAUAGGAAACUAACAAUGACAGUUUGUACUCACCUUAGAACCUACUUGACUUCAUGUAUUUGGAAACAUUGCAUUUAGAGCAUUGUACUUAGUCAGCACUCAAUCAGGGUUUUCAUAUUGAACUGAAAUCCAGUUAGAAAGCAACAUGUAUGUACUUUUUAUUUUGUUGUACUAUUGUAAAUACAUUUGUUUUGUUUCAAAAACUUUUCAGCUUUACACUAAAUGCACUACAAAAAAACUUAUCUCUUUUCUGUGGGUAAAUUUUUUUUUUAUAUGUAAUAAAAUCUUCAGAAAUAUUUCUUACUCUUUCUUAACAACUGUUCAGUUGUCAGUAUAAUUUAUUUAAAUUGUAAUAUAAUACGUGAGUGAGGUAUUUAAUCAAUUUUUUCCUUAUUAAACUGUGUAAAUUUUAAAAUUUUGUAUUCCCUUUUGCCAUGAAAGUUUCCAUCAUUAUAUAUAUAUUUUUUUGUUCCUGAAAUGAAUACUGAGUGAUUCACUCACUUAAAUAUUUGUUUUUCAAGAUGAAAGGUUUUUUGUUGACACUGAUUUCUCACUUAAAUGUUUCUGAUUGAAAUUUAUAUAUUUCAAUUUUUUAUUUGAAGUAAUACAGAAAUAUCAUGUACAAAGACAAAUCUUUAUUUAUGAAUCUGCUAACAGUGUUGAAAGCUUUGGUUAGGUUCACAUAUUUUGAGAACAGGUCAGCAUUUUGUUAAAUGCCAGGAGAGUAGAGAAUCAUCAGAGCCUUUUGCAGUAUCAAAUGGGGUUGUGCCCUAGCUAUGUUGACAGAUGCAUUCAGUGAUAGUGAUAGUAAUUAAAUAUAACAUAUAGAUUUGAUGGUGGCCUAUUUAAUCCCAUGGCUACUCAAAGUGAAAUAAAAAACAAUAUCAGCAACAAUCAGUCCUGUUAUUUGAUGUCAACUAUGCCCUAUGCUCCAAAAUAGAUCUGCAGAGCAUCGUCUGUAAUUUUCCAAGAAUCUGUUCAGACUUUGCCCUCACUAUAAACACAAAAAAAGUCUUAUACUUGCCAGCUCCAGGUAAAGCCUACUCAGAUUCAAUCAUUAAGAUAAAUCGACAGGAAAUAAAUGCAGUUGACAUAUACAUACCUUGGCAGCACACUUAACAGAAACAUGAAUAAUGAAGUCGACUUGCAAAUCACCAAGGCCUAUGGUCGACUGUCUAAAAAAUGUGCAGAAUAGAAAAGGCAUCACCACAAGUACUGUCUUUCUUCUUGUUAUCCUUUCCAUGUUGCUCUAGGCCUCAGAAACAUGGACAAUGUACAGAAGACAUGCUAAAAAAACAAAGUAGUUCCACAUGAUCUGGCUCAGAAAAAUAGUGAAUGUUAAAUGGCCUGACAAAAUACAUGACACUGAUGUCUUCUGAAGAGCAAAACAUCCACACAAUCCUAAGGCAGUCUCAACUUGCAAUGUACAGGCCACAUCUGCAGAAUGGAACAGGAAGAGCCCUUAAAAGACAAAGCAAAGGCUUCAGGGACACUCUCAAAGUGGAACACCUUCAACAUUCAUCCUGCCACCUGGGAGAUGGAAGCAAAUAAUAGAGAAUCAUGGCAUUCUGCUGUGAAAACUGGCUCAAAAAUGGCUGGUGAGAAGAGAACAGUUCUGGCUUAAGAAAGAUGCAAGAGUUUAAAAUCAGGCAACUGACAUAAGCUCUAGCUGGAAUAUGCUGCCCAGUGUGCAGCCAAACAUUCAAAGCUCACAUAGGUCUCACCAGCCACAUAAGGAGGCACAAAACCCCAGUGCAAAGUCUUCGGCAACCUGAAUGAUGAAAGUGGUCAUCAUUGAACCACAACGGACUAACUAUUUAUUUAUGAUUUUUAUUUUUGAUUUUUGAAAACAUCUAAAAGUGCAUUUAAUUAUAUAUUUGUAAAAUGCAGUCAUUUCAGUCAGAACUCAUGAAAAAGAGUUUGCUAAAUGUCAGGCGUGGUGGUAGUAGCUAAAGUUUUAGAUAAAUUUAUUUUAACAUCUAAAUAAUAAGAGUUCUCCUAUGGCUGGGAUGUUCAAAGUGAACACAGUGUUUGUGUGUUCAUUUAAAUUAUAAACAACUAUUUUAUGUUCUGCAUGUGUAUUUUAUAUAAAAGCAAAAUAUUUUACCUGCGUUAGUUUAAAUUCUGUGCCAUAGUGUUUUUAAUUGAUCAAGUUUAUUUAUCUCUAUUAGGUUCCCAUAGGAUGAAAAAGGUCUAAAAUAUUUUUUUUUCUUUUGAAAAUAAUGUUUUCAGUUUUUGUUAAAUAUUGUAUACAAGUUUAGAUAGAAUGUUGGAAAUGAGUAUUUAUUUUGAUUGUUGUACACAUUUUUGUGUAGUACUUUAUGUGACAAUAUUCUCUAGCAUCUAAUGAACUGGGAUAGAUUUUGUGGACAGAAUAUUGCUAUUGUAAAACUAGAAAAUGUAUCUUUAGAGAAAUAAAAAUGUUAAAGAUCAAGAUUUAUGAAAAGAAUUAUUGUGACUUACUGUCUGUAGCCAGGAUCAGUUAUGAAUUUAGAUUUUACUUCAUGAUAAAUUGUAGGACAUUGUUCAAUCCUAAUUUAUUGUUUUUAUAAAGAAACUUACAUAGCCAUUUAUAUAUAAAUGUGAAAUUCUGUUCUUGCAAUUUCGUGAUAAACUAAACAGAAUGAGCUUUUUCAAGUAAUUUUUACUGGUGAGAUUAGUGCAAUGAAUUAAAAUAGGAAUAGUCAGAGAAAGUUAUUCAGGGGUUUCUUAAGAUUAGAGAUGUCUCAGAACAUUGAAAAAAAAAGUUACCAUAUUAAGAUUUCUUAAGAGUAGAGAUGUCUCAGAGCAUUGAAAAAAAAAGUUACCAUAUUAAGAUUUCUUAAGAGUAGAGAUGUCUCAGAACAUUGAAAAAAAAAAGAGUUACCAUAUUAAGAUUUCUUAAGAUUAGAGAUGUCUCAGAACAUUGAAAAAAGUUACCAUAUUAAGAUUUCUUAAGAUUAGAGAUGUCUCAGAACAUUGAAAAAAAGAGUUAGCAUAUUAAGAUUUCUUAAGACCAUAUUACCAUAUUAAGUUUUAUUUAGAAUAGAGAUGUCUCAGGACAUAGAAAAAAAAAAAUUUGUCAUAUUAAGAUUUCUUAAGAGUAGAACUGUCUCAGAACAUUGAAAAGAGUGUAGUGAUAAAUUCUUUUUUAAAAAAUUUUACAGGUCACAUGUAAAAACUGGUAUGAUUUAUUAAAACUGCUUUUUGUUUUGUUUUGUGUUAUUUAACUAACAGUCCAUCUUGUUUGACUUUGUGUUUAUUAACAUUUGGUAUUAUAGUUGCAUUGAUGUACAUAAUCCUCUCUUGACACACAGAUUUCAUUGCUCAUUAUUUAUUGGUUGGAAUUGUUGGCUCAAAUUUUUUGUUUUAUUAUAGCUUGAAAAUGUGGCAUCUGGUUUCCACCCAACAUCUCUCUGAGUUGAGUGAGGCAAUCUAUAGUUGUCAAUGCAGUUAUCCUUUGGUUGUUACCAAUAGCAGUUGAAUGGGAGAAACAUUUGAAUAUGUGAUCCAAACAGAGCCAUUGGAUGUCUGUGAGACAGAGACUAUACCGCAAGAUGAGAUUAUUGUUUAUUUCAAAAGUAUAUUUUACAAACAUUUGUUAUUAGAGUUUUAAAUGUUUAAACAUAGACAUAUGUACAGAUAAUGGAACAUUUGUCUUUUGAUGAAAGAGCUCUUUAGUUAUAAAUACUUAGCUUCUGGGUAUUUUUGAGUGUCUUUGCUUUCAAGUUUUUUUUUGGUUUUUUAAAUCUUUAUCUGGAUUGAUUUUAAAGUGCACAUAGUAGUAGUCUUUUAGACUGAAACCAAAUCUGCAGAGACCUAGGUGUGAAAUUUGGACUAUGUAAACCUAUUGAAUUGACCAAAUGUAUUUGUAAUUAGAAUUUUCAUUUCCUCUUGACGUUUUGAUCAUGUGAUGAUACACAAAUCAGUGACCUAGAUGUAGACCUUACAACAGAAAACAUGUUCUAGGAUUUAUUAUUAUUAUGAUUGUCAUGUUUGCAUGUUAUAUGCACAUCUACAUUGCCUGUAUUCAGUUCAUGUCUGUCCAGUAAGUUUGGAUUGACAUUUUUCUAGGCAGAUGUUUCUGGAAGUAGGACUUAGAAUAGUUGUCAUUUCAUUUUAUUUGAAAGUCAACACUAAACUUAAGGACUUGUCAUUGAACAUUCUUCCAUUGAACAAAAAAUAAAAUGAAUUCCAUGAGCACUCCUUGGAGCAUCAUUAACAAAGAAAUGUGUAUUUUGCUAUUUCCAGUUCUUUUGACCAGAGCUCCACCCCUUGCAAGCUUUGAAACAAACUAGACAUAAAUAGAUACCGGUGAAAAUAAAAAAAAAUGUGUUCAAACAA